AUGGCCAACGACGAAUAUGACUUCCUAUUCAAGGUUGUCCUGAUCGGAGACUCGGGCGUCGGAAAAUCCAACCUUUUGAGCCGUUUCACACGCAACGAAUUCAAUCUCGAUUCAAAAUCCACGAUCGGGGUUGAAUUCGCAACUCGGUCGAUCCAGGUUGAUACCAAGACCAUCAAGGCACAGAUAUGGGAUACUGCGGGCCAAGAAAGAUAUCGUGCCAUCACCUCAGCAUACUACCGAGGAGCAGUCGGUGCCCUGCUCGUCUAUGAUAUUAGCAAGCACCAGACGUACGACAAUGUCACGAGAUGGCUGAAGGAGCUUCGGGACCAUGCGGACGCCAACAUUGUGAUCAUGCUGGUCGGGAACAAGAGCGAUUUGAGACACCUUCGAGCCGUUCCUACAGAAGAAGCCAAACAAUUUGCCAGCGAAAACAACCUGUCGUUUAUUGAGACUUCGGCCCUGGACGCAAGCAACGUCGAAUUGGCGUUCCAGAACAUCUUGACCGAAAUCUACCGAAUCGUCUCGAGCAAGGCGCUCGACAGCGGAGACGCUGCCCAGGCACCAACUGGCGGUGUGAAAAUCGACAUGACGCCAUCUGGCACGAACGACUCGAAGGGAAGCAAGUGCUGUUGA